CUUCUGGGCCGAUCGAGGAGCAUCGCUUGCUCCCUUGCCUUGCCUGUGUGGGGCUGGCUACUGCAGCUCACUUGUGGAAGGAACCUUCUGGCAUCUGGCUGCAUGAUGUGGGGCGCAGCUACCUUCCUUUUGGCCAUGAGUUCGAAUCUGUGGAUUCAUCUCAUGCUGAGACUGGUGGUCGGCGUCUCCCUCGCGGUCGUGACCCCCAUCGGCCAAGCGAUGAUCUGCGAGCUCUAUCCAGAUGCCGCGGUAACAUUUGCAACGACCUGCUGGGCCCGGAAGAACAUCUGCGGAGUGUCGGGCUGGCGUGUCAUCAACGUCCUGGUAGCUGCGCUGUCCUGGGGCAUGGCUGCCGCGAUCCGCUGGGCGGUGCCUGUGUCCUUGGUUGCCCCAUCGCCUGGGAGGGCGUUGUCUUGCACUGCUCUGUGGCAGGCCCGAAUCACCAAGCUGGUUUGCAAGAAGCCGUCUUUCAUCCUCCUGCUGGCUCAAGGUGUGACAGCUGGCAUUCCCUG